GCACACCGAUAAGAAAUCUGCACUCGUUGGCAGCGUGCGUUCGGGCUCCGUUUCUUCCCUUCAUUCGACUACCAGCCGACCGUCGUGGCCAGCAGGAUCACAAUGAGGCACCACUGCUGCGUCCGUUCGGUAUUGCUCCUAUCGGUGCUGACGUGUUGCCUGGCCUUGGCUUCGGCGUGGAGGCAUAGACAAUGGAGGCAUAGACAAUCUGAAGAUUAUGAAGACACUCUCCACUCUUGGCGACCGCGCGUGGUCGUUCCAACCCAAGGUGAGGUGUGGCCACAGCCUCUGAACCAGACGAAAAGCAGCAAUACUCUAUCUCUCGACGCGAGCACCUUCUCGUUCCAGUACGAGGGUCCCUGCUUCGUGGUGCAACAGGCAUUGAAGCGCUACCGGCGCGAAAUAUUAUUCCAAAACUGCACAAAACCUGGAACAUCAAAAGGAGAGCGAUACCAAAAUUCUGGAAGUCUCCACCGUAACAACCACUUAUUCAACGGUGCUUUCCAUGUUUUGAAAGUGACGGUGUCUCGUCCUUGUGAAGACAUCCCUGAUCACCAGAUGGAUGAAAGCUAUGUCCUUUCCAUAUCCUCAUCUGAAGAGUCUUUCAUCUCGGCUCGCACUGUCUGGGGAGCGCUGAGGGGACUGGAAACUUUCAGUCAGCUUGUCUACUCGCCAGAUGGAGAAUCGUGGGUCGUAAACGAGACAGUGAUCUACGACGAGCCGAGAUUUCCACAUCGUGGUCUGCUGAUCGAUUCUUCUCGGCACUUCCUGCCAAUGGAGUCCAUAAUAGACACAUUGGACGCAAUGUCGUAUAACAAGAUGAAUGUUCUCCACUGGCACAUCGUGGACGACGAAGCAUUUCCUUACGUGAGCAAGACGUUCCCGAGCUUGAGCGAAAAGGGUGCUUAUGACCCAGAAGUUCGCGUGUACCAGCCAAGAGAUGUGCAGCAUGUCAUCAGCGAAGCUGCUGCUAGAGGCAUCCGCGUCAUACCGGAAUUCGACACACCAGGACACACCCGGUCGUGGGGUGCGGCAUUUCCUGAGAUCCUGACGACGUGCUACAAGAAGAUGGAACCAAUUGGACUUGGACCGAUAGACCCUUCCACGAACGUGACGUACGCUUUCCUAAAGGAGCUAUUCGCCGAGGUGGCAGACGUGUUUCCCGAACAGUACAUCCACCUGGGGGGAGAUGAAGUGGACUUUGACUGCUGGAAAUCUAACCCCAACAUCUCGGAUUUCAUGGAAAAUAUUGGUAUAACCGGUGACUACGACAAGCUAGAAGAAUAUUACAUACGAAGGUUGCUGAAGAUCGUGCAAGGUGCACGGAAAAGCUAUAUGGUCUGGCAAGAAGUAUUCGACAAUGGCAUUGAGAUUGCCCCGGACACUGUGGUGCAUAUAUGGCUGCAUCCUCAGGAAGAGGAAUUGAGUGCCGUGACGAGAGCCGGGUACAAUGCCCUGUUGUCCAGUUGCUGGUACUUGGACUACAUUAGCUACACCAAGGACUGGAAGAGGUACUACGGCUGCGAUCCACAUGACUUCACAGGGACACCCCAGCAGAAGGCUCUCGUCCAGGGUGGAGAAGCCUGCAUUUGGGGAGAGUACGUGGAUGCCACGAAUCUGAUUAGCCGCACAUGGCCCAGGGCAUCUGCAGUAGCCGAGAGACUAUGGAGCCCUGCCUCAGUAGAGUACACGGACACAACAGCAUCCCGGUUCGAAGAACAGCGUUGCAGGAUGCUGAGACGGGGCCUUAAAGUUGAACCAGAAAACGGGCCUGGAGUCUGCGAUUGCGACUACCUCGUCUGAAUGCGACAUGUCGUGCAAUGCGAUCCGUUGUUCACAGUGAAAGAACGAGAGGCACACGUGGCUGAGUAUUCCAGGAAGGAACAUUGCAAAAAGGAACAUGCAAGAGUACUCUUUCUGUCGCAGUGUGUAUAGUACAAGCUUACCAGCUUCGUCAAAGGGAACAUCGGCAAUUAUCAAACUACAUGCUCAGAUCCAAUGUUCGUAGCACAAAUGUAGCAUGAAUAUAAAUGACAAACAAGGACGCAAUUACGUAGUGUCUCAUAAAUAAAUUUUGAUUUGUUGA